AUGGGACAUGCCGCCCCUGGCGAUACCUGCAAGAAGACCGAGUUCAAGUGCCACGAUGGCCAACAGUGCGUCCCCUCAUCCUUCCACUGCGACGGCACUAACGACUGCCGCGACGGAUCCGACGAGAGCAACUGGGAGCAACUCAACGGCGCCCCGGCCACCCGUGAGGAUCUGAUGAUGGUGCUGGCUGAUUUGGACGGGUUCCUCAUCCGCGCCCACCACGUCGAGGAGCAGGACUCCACCAGCGCCCAGGGCCACAACGGACAAUGCCAAUGCAAAGAAUUCGCUACUGGCCCCAACUGCGACCAGUGCACCGCCAACUCCUUCCACCUGUCGCCCCAGAACCCGAAGGGAUGCAUCCCCUGCUUCUGCAUGGGCAUCACCAAGCAAUGCCAGCCACUCGAGCCGGUGAUCUUCGAGUGGCAACGCGUCGGCUACAGUAUCCUGCCCGACGGCGCGGAAGAUGAUGGAAGGGGAAGGCUAACACUGCCCGUUGUGGGGCCUGCUGACCUCGGCGUCUACAGGUGUAAGGCGUACACCUCCACGAAAUACGCCAGCGACGACGCGCACCUGGAUGUGGCCACGGAUUACGUGCAGACGACACCUGCCGGACCCCGUGUCGAGCCCAUCGAGCAGACCGUAGAUGAGGGAACACCCUCCCGGAUCCGCUGCUGGGUCCCCGGCCAGCCGGACGCGAUCGUCCAAUGGACACGCGUCGACCAGCAACCUAUCAACGAUCAAGCGAUCGUCCGCGACGGCUACGUGACGAUACAAAAGACAAGGGGAAGCGACGAGGGCGACUAUCUGUGCACGGCCACAAACCCCAGGGACGGCCAGCCCCAACGGGCACCCCUUGCACGCAUUAAUGUGCAGGCACCGAAGUUCGUACAGCCGCAGAUUGAGCAAGGAGAAGAUAUCCAUGUGCCGACCACAACAACGACAACGCCUUGCUACACAUUCCCGCCAAAAAUUAUCCGCAUCCCGGUCCCAUAUCCGGUCACACAAAUACCAAACCAAUAUCGAGACCCGUAUGAUAGAAGGACACAACCCGUGGCGCAAAGCCAAUGGGAGCCGGCCGAGAUGAAGUUUGACGAGAACGCCGAGGCGGUGCUAAACUGCCCCGUGUACACGGUACCCGGAUCAAAGAGCUCCACCUCCUUCCGCCCCGGCACUGAUCUGUUCGUUGGAGGUUUGGCGCCAGGAAUUCCGAAGCACCAGCAAGCCGCUGUCGAGCCCUAUGAGGGUUGUAUCAGCGAGAGCAGCGAGCUGGAGGAGACGAUCGAGUUCAAGUUCAAGACGAGCCGCAUGAAUGGGGCUAGACCUAGCCUA